CACACCCGCCGCGCGGCCAGGCCACCGGCCAGCCUCUGUGCCUCUCUCCCCCCCCUCUCCUCUCUCUCCCUUUACCGUAAAAAAACUCAACUAUCCGCUCAAACUCUCCGGUAAGUCUCCGUUUACCGAAUAUCGCCCCCCGCCAACCCCAGCACGAGCGUCGGGAGCGUCCACCGGGCCGGACGGACUCCCGGAUCACCGAGUUUCAGCCGCCGGACGUGCCGUGAUUCUCCGAGGGCCCAAACUCCUUCAUUUUGUUUCUUCACUUUUUAACGGCGGACACGGGGACCGGACGGUGACGUCAGCACCGAGAAAAGUUCGCAGCGAGCUUCCGUUACACCGGGGAGACGACAUUAAUGGGGACUUUAUAACCGAUCAGCGCGUGGCCUCCACGAGACUCUCCGUUUCCUGCGGUCCAGUAGAGGUGGAGUGGGCGGAGCUGAGCAAUGGCGGGAGCGUCGGUGAAGGUGGCGGUGCGAGUCCGCCCGUUCAACUCCAGAGAGACGGGCCGCAACGCCAAGUGUGUGAUCCAGAUGCAGGGAAACACCACCUGUAUCUCCAACCCCAAACAGCCCAAAGAUGCCGCAAAGAACUUCACCUUUGACUAUUCCUACUGGUCACACACAACGGCUGACGACCCCAGCUUUGCCUGUCAGAGGCAGGUGUAUAAAGACAUCGGAGAGGAGAUGCUACUGCACGCCUUCGAAGGUUAUAAUGUGUGUAUUUUUGCGUACGGCCAAACGGGAGCGGGAAAGAGCUACACUAUGAUGGGGAAACAGGAGCCGGGACAGGAGGGCAUCAUACCACAGCUGUGUGAAGACUUGUUCCAGAGAACAGGAGAAAACAUGGACCCAGACCUGACCUACUCUGUGGAGGUGUCCUACAUGGAGAUCUACUGCGAGCGGGUCAGGGAUCUGUUAAAUCCAAAGUCUCAGGGGACUCUGCGGGUCCGGGAGCAUCCCAUCCUCGGCCCCUACGUUGAAGAUCUGUCCAAACUGGCUGUGACUGGAUUCUCCGACAUCCGAGACCUGAUGGACGCUGGAAACAAGGCUCGGACGGUUGCAGCCACAAACAUGAAUGAGACGUCGUCCAGGUCACACGCCGUCUUCACCAUCGUCUUCACCCAGAAACGGCGAGACCAGAUGACCAGCCUGGACACGGAGAAGGUCAGUAAGAUCAGCCUGGUCGACCUGGCUGGGAGCGAGCGAGCCGACUCCUCGGGGGCGAAAGGAACUCGACUGAAGGAAGGAGCAAACAUUAAUAAAUCUCUGACCACCUUAGGAAAAGUGAUAUCGGCUCUGGCUGAAAUGCAAAGCAACAAGAAGAGGAAAAGUGACUUUAUUCCCUACAGAGACUCUGUUCUCACCUGGCUACUGAAGGAAAACCUGGGAGGAAACUCCCGGACGGCCAUGAUUGCUGCUUUAAGUCCUGCUGACAUCAACUAUGAAGAAACACUGAGCACGCUCAGGUAUGCUGACCGAGCCAAACAGAUCCGCUGUAACGCCGUGAUCAACGAAGAUCCAAACGCCAAACUGAUCAGAGAGUUGAAGGCGGAGGUGGAGCGAUUAAGAAACCUGCUGUUCUCUCAGGGCCUGCAGGAGCUGCUCGACAAUGCUCUCAACAACAACAACAACGGCCCUGCCACCGCCGCCACCGCCAUCGCCCCGGGUGUGUCCACUACACCGAUGCAGCUCACAGCCAAUGGGGUCGCUCCUGGGAAUGGCUCCGCCCCUCCAGGUGUGUUCACAGGAGCCAAGCCAAACCCCACCGGAGACGCCCCAGCUAACUCAGACCAGCUGAUGGAGGAUGGCGAGGAUGGCGAGGAGGCGACAGAGACGAUCAGUAAAGAGGAGGCGGCAGAAAGACUGAUGGAGACGGAGAAGAUCAUCGCAGAGCUGAAUGAGACGUGGGAGGAGAAACUGAGGAAGACAGAAUCGAUACGGCUGGAGAGAGAGUCCCUGCUGGCAGAGAUGGGCGUGUCCAUCAAAGAAGACGGAGGAACGCUGGGCGUCUUCUCUCCUAAAGGGACGCCUCACCUGGUCAACCUGAACGAGGACCCGCUGAUGUCCGAGUGUCUGCUCUACUACAUUAAGGAGGGGUUCACCAGAGUGGGUCAGCAGGACGUGGACAUCAAACUCUCCGGAGACUUCAUUAAAGAAAUUCACUGUGUGUUUGUGAGCGAGACCAACGAGCAGGGCGAGGUGGUUGUCACCCUGGAGCCGCUGAUCGGAGCAGAGACGUACGUUAACGGGAAGCAGAUCACCGAGGCCGUCAUACUUAAACAAGGUAACCGCAUCGUGAUGGGGAAGAACCACGUGUUCCGGUUUAACCACCCGGAGCAGGCGAGGCUGGAGCGAGAGCGCAGCGCCACGGCGGAGCAGCAGAGUGAGCCGGAGGACUGGAACUACGCUCAGAGAGAGCUGCUGGAGAAACAAGGCAUCGACAUCAAGCUGGAGAUGGAGAAGAGACUCCAGGACAUGGAGAUUCAGUAUCGUAAAGAGAAGGAGGAGGCCGAUCUGCUGCUGGAGCAGCACCGACUGUAUGCUGACAGUGACAGUGGAGACGACUCUGACAAACGUUCAUGUGAGGAGAGCUGGAGGCUCAUCUCCUCGCUGAGAGAGAAACUCCCCGCUAACAAGGUUCAGUCCAUCGUGAAGCGCUGCGGUCUGCCCAGCAGCGGGAAGAGGAGAGAGCCUCUGCGGGUUUAUCAGAUCCCUCAGAGGAGACGAAUCAGCAAGGACCCUAAACGGGUCACCAUGGAGGACCUCCGCAUGCAGGCUGUCAAGGAGAUCUGCUACGAGGUCGCUCUGGGAGACUUCCGUCACUCCCGUCAGGAGAUCGAAGCGCUGUCCAUCGUUAAGAUGAAGGAGCUGUGCCGCAUGUACGCCAAGAAGGAUGCCAACGAGAAGGAGAGCUGGAGGGCCGUGUCCCAGGACGUCUGUGACACAGUGGGCAUCGGAGAGGAGCGCAGCCCCCCAGCGGAGGAGGGGGGAGGAGGAGGAGGAGGAGGAGGGGGAGAAGGUGGAGGAGGAGGAGGAGGAGGAGAGAAAGGAGAAGGACAGAAAAAAAACGUGUACGAUCUGAAGGCUCACAUCGAUAAACUGACGGAUAUUUUAGAGGAGGUGAAGCUGCAGAACAACAUGAAGGACGAGGAAAUCAAAGCUCUGAGGGACCGAAUGAUCAAGAUGGAGAGCAUCAUACCUGUCCAGGACGACAUGAACGGGGAGGAGGAGGGCUCGCCUCAGAGAGACGGGGGCGGAGACGGAGAAAACCCCCAGCAGCUGGAGGUCAGAGUGAAGCGGCUGAUGGACGAAGACCCGGCGUUCAGGAGGGGGCGCCUCCGCUGGCUUAAACAGGAACAGCAGAGAAUCCUGAACCUGCAGCAGCAGAACAUCACCAAGAAGCUGAGGGGGCAGACCCAGACCCAAGGUCAGAGCUCCCCUGUCGUCCCUGUUCAUCUCCCAGGGACUGGACGCUUCAUCCCCCCUCAGGAGUGCAAACUCAAGUUCCCCUUCAAGAGUAACCCGGCCCACAGGCUGUCAUGGGGACCAGCUAGCGCCGCCCUGCAGGCUCUGGGUUUAGAGGAAGGGGGAGGUGGGGGGGAGCAGAAGGAGGAGGGAGGAGGAAUGGAGGGUAAAGCUUCUCCUUCGCCUCCUCCUGCUCUUUUGCCCCUUCCAUUCCAAGUCCCGCCCCCUCGCAUGCGCACCCCAAGCCCCAACCGUGGCUGGCAACAGCGUAACCAAGGCAACCAGGGCAACCAGGGGGGCUUCUUCUACCAUCACCAGAGCAACAAUCAGAACCAGCAGCGCCGCUACCGCCGCAACUCUCUGGACAGCUCCACCCGCAGUAACUAUAGCAAUGAGCAUCAUGGAGGAGGCGGUCACCAGGGGCGACCCAGGCAGAGAAGGGGGGUGUCACCUGGACCGGGAGGGGAGAGAGGAGGGGGGAGAGUGGGUGGAGGCGGCGGAGGUGGCGGCGGUUACCAGCCUCAGCAUCACCAGCACCAUCAGUACCACCACCACCCCUACUACAACCCCCACAAUGCACCAUUCCAGCCAGGACCCCACCCCAACUACCACAGCCUGCCACGCUCCGGGGCCCCGCCCCCUCUGCCAGACAUGCUGAUAGCACCGGGGCCGCCACAGGCAGGGUGGGGCUUCACAACCCCACCCAGGAUGAGACGACAGUUCAGCGCCCCGGACCUGAAAAACAGCAACAAGGACACACCCAACUGACUUCUGACCCCUAUGCCACAGAGCGCUCUGAUUGGCUGAGGGACACUGGGUGGUCAAAACAACCAGGAGAUGCCCAACUGACCUCUGACCCUGGCGCUAUGGAGGGCUCUGAUUGGCUACAGGACACUGGGGGAUCUAAACAACAAGGAUAUGCCCAACUGACCUCUGACCCUGGCGCUAUGGAGUGCUCUGAUUGGCUACAGGACACUGGGGGGUCUAAACAACAACAAGGAUAUGCCCAACUGACCUCUGACCCUGGCGCCACGGAGCGCUCUAAUUGGCCACAGGACACUGGGCGGUCCUGUCGCUGUACAGAACAGGCCGUGUUUGUGUGUUAAUGUGAUUCAGCACUUUUACAAUGCUGACUCAGCACUUCCUGUAUCUCCAAUCCUGCUGUUUAUGUGUGUGUGUAAUGUGUGUGUGUGAGUUUGCUAGCUCCUAGCCUUCACGUUAGCAUGGGUUAGCCGUUGCAACACUGUUUUUGUUUUCGGACAAGUGGAUUUUUUUUUUUUUUUUUUUUCGUGUCAAACAGGAAGUUUAUUUUAAAUUUUUUUUUUGGUUGUUUUUUUUUUUUUCCAAUGAUUGCUGAUAUUCUCCUCCUGAUUGGUCAAUUAUGACAACGUGCCUUGAUGCAAAGGUGUUAGCUCCAGGAGCUAGUUACCAUGAGCUCUUGAGUCUCCCGUCGCAGGUGUUUUUUUACUCAGAGCUGAAGUACGUUGGCUUGCUUCUUCUGAAUGGUGUUAGUAAUUUAACCAGUUUUAGCCGCUGUUAGCCCAGGAGGCUAACGAGCCUGGUUCACCCGGAGAAGGUCUGUGCUAGCUAGACCUGAGCGGGGCGCUGUGGGUGGUUAAAUAGCAUUUAGGAUUGAUAUAUAAUGACUUGAAAAGUGUCUACCAGUACGGAUGUAACAAUACACUGAGAUUAUGUUGAGUCUGAGAUCAAAGUCAAAAUUCUGCCUUUGAUCUUUAAAUUCUGAGAUUAAAGUCAAAAUUCUGACUUUGAUCUUUAAAUUCUGAGAUUAAAGUCAAAAUUCUGACUUUGAUCUU